GGUAUAGAAUAAUAGAAUCAGUUUCACCUUCAUUUAUAUUUUCCUAAUGGAAGCCCACCACCAAGCAUUCGAUUUUUGGUGUCUCACCAAUAUUGAGGAAACAUCGUUGCUUAAACACGCAGCAAAAUUGGAGCAAGUGAGAGAUAUGUUGAUGAAAAUCGAUCAAGACUCGUUGAGAAGUCUAGAGCUCGUGGAUACAAUCCAACGCCUUGGCCUCUGCUAUCACUUCAAACACGAGAUUGAAGCCAUUCUCCAUCGCCAACAUCUAGCCCACACCUCCAAUCAUUGCGCCACCCUUUUCGAGGCUUCGCUUCGUUUCCGUUUGCUCAGGCAGCACGGAUGCCGAGUCGUUGCAGAUGACUUUUUGGGACAGUUUCUACGCGACGGGGAGCUGAAAUUCGGUCUAGUUAGUGAAACGAGGGGGUUGAUGGCGAUGCAGGAGGCGUCGCAUUUGAACACGGGAGGUGAAGAAAUCCUGCAUGAAGCUGCGAGGUUUAGCUCUUGCUGCCUAAACAAUAAGGCCAUGAUUGAUUGCGUGGAUGCGAGGGUGGUGAAGUACUGUUUGAGUUAUCCACAGCACAAGACGGUGGCUGUUUUCGCCGCCAAGAAUUAUCUUCAAUUUGUGAAUGACGAAAAUCAUCAUGCCUUGCGAGAGCUUGCAGAGUUCGAAUUCGCAUACAUCGAUUCCUUGCACAAGCACGAAAUCCUUCGAGUUGUCGAAUGGUGGAAGGGGCUGCGGGUGAGCGAGGAGCUAAAAUCGUCGAGGAAUCAGCCGUUGAAAUGGCACGUGUGGUCGAUGGCGAUCCUAAGGGAUCCGAGUUGGUCCAAACAUAGAAUUAUGCUAACAAAGCCAAUAUCGCUUGUCUAUGUCGUAGACGAUGUAUUUGAUCUUUAUGGUACUAUUCAAGACCUCACUCACUUCACCCAAGCUGUUAAAGGAUGGGAUAGUUGUGCAAGUAAUGAGCUACCAAGUUACAUGAAAACAUGCUUCAAUGCCAUUUAUGACACCACCAACGAAAUUAGCAGCUUCAUCUAUCGUGAGCAUGGAUGGAACCCCAUUAAUUUCCUCAAAGAAGAGUGGGGAAGCUUGAUGGAUGCAUUUCUUGUGGAAGCAAAAUGGCUUAGAAGUGGAGAAUUGGUGGAGGCGGAGAAAUAUCUCAAGAAUGGAGUGAUAAGCACAGGAGUGCCUAUGGUGCUAUCUCAUCUCUUCUUCCUAAUGGGAAACCCUCCCACAAACCAAACUCAAUUACUACUCAAUGAUCCUCACGGACUCACACAUUCCGUCGCCAAGCUCCUUAGGCUCCUCGACGACCUGGAGGACGAGGAAGAAGAAGAAUACGACGGAUCGUACGUGGAAUGCUACAUGAAGGAAGGGAAGGUAGAAUCACGGGAAGGUGCGCGAGAGCACGUGAUGAAGAUGGUUUCGGCGACGUGGGAAAACAUCAACAAGCAUAUGUAUGGCUUCUCUUCCGCAACUCAUUUCUCUCCAUGUUUCACAAGGGCUUGUCUCAACGCAGCGCGUAUGGUUCCGGCUAUGUAUAGCUAUGACAAAGAUCAUCGUCUUCUCCUCUCCACCGUCGCCAAAUCACUCCUAUGUUAGAAUUAUUGCUUUCUUGAUUUCGCCACACAUUGAUUGCGUGGUUAUAAUGAUGUAUGCUGUCAAAAACAUGUGUGAUUUGUACUAUUUUUUGGAUGUUUUCUAGGUGGUUUUUGUUGUGUCCC